GCAAUUUCUCCCUAAACAAGCAUUACCGACACUCACUUUUAGCUCAUCAGCCAAAACUGACAUCACGCUGCUGGCAAAAAAAAAAAUAAAAAACAAGAAAAACAAAACUAACUAAAGUCAGAUCAAGUUGGGUAUCGUAAUCUGAAUCUGAACGAAAACGCAAACGCAAAUGCAAAUGCAAAUCCCCAAAACCCAACGACGAAUGAAUUGACAAUGACAAAGAGUAUUACACAUCUCCGUUUCCACACUUUUAGUAGUUUUAGUGGUAUUCUCUUUACCUAUGUGAUAUUAGCUUGUACUUCAGUCGCAUUCAGCUCACCGCCAUCAUGCGGCUUAUAUGGCGCUCCGCCUUGCCAGUUUCUGCCAGCGCCGCCAGGACAGACGCCCAACUGUGCCAGGCCCGGCAAAACCUAUUGCGAGCAUGUCGAUAACUAUCCCACGUAUCUCAUCAAGAGUCUCGUACGUAAAUGGGGCUACGAGGCGGCCUCUUUGCUGGUUGACGAGACUUGGGAGGAGUUCACAUCGGUCACAUCUGUAUUCUAUGAUCCCAAGUAUAUAUUUCCGCAGCGUGACUUUGGCAAUGGACAAGACUUUAAUGGCUACAGCUAUCAGACACCCUUUGGCGGUGUGCCACAUCGUGGGGCAGGCAACCCGCUCUUUGCACCCAAUCCCUCAACAGAAGCGCCCACCUAUCUCUUGUACACAUCGGCGGGUCACCGUCAGGGGAAUCAGCAAACCGCAGGAGCAUCAGCUCCGGGAUCGACUCAGCUGUACUACAACAAUGCGGGCAAGACACCCUACAAUGCCACACUCUGGCUUAAACGUCUCGCUCGCGAUCUGAGUCUCAAGCAGAAGGCCAUUCAGGUCAUAGCCGAGCGGGAAAUCGCCGAGCAGGAGCUGGUCAAAAGGGAAAUGGCCGAGCAGCAGGAGCAGGGGAAGAAGGAGAAGGAAUUACAGCGCAGCACUCGUGAUGUAACGCUCAAUAUGGAUCUCUUAGACAUUGUGGGUGUCAGCGACAACAACAACAACAACAACAGCCACAACAAAAAGAAAGUACGCACCAAGCGUCAGAGCUCGACGCGUUCGACACUCUGUGAAACUACUUCACAGUUUGUGACGCCACAAGCGGCGCUCAACUCCCGUGGCAAUUGGAUGUUUGUUGUCAACGAGGAGAAUACGGCCCGUCAAAUGGUCAAGGCGGAGCUUUGUGCCUCAAACACAUGCUCGAACCUGUGCGACUUGCCCAAUGGAUAUAACUCCAGGUGCGAGCAGAAGUUCGUACAAAAACGUUUAAUUGCGCUGCAGGGCAAUGGCCAAAAUCUCUACACGGACACGUUCUGGUUUCCCAGUUGUUGCGUCUGCACGAUUGCCGCAAAUUAAGCAGCAGCAACAACAACAACAACAACAUCGAAGAGCAGCAGCAGCAGCAACAACAACAGGAGCGACAGGACCGGAACUGGCCCAAUGUCCCUUGUGAACAAGAGAGAGAGACAGCAAUACAGGGGGACAGCGGUGACAGUGACAGAGAUAGAGCUAACUCUGUGGGUUGCGAUCCGCAUCCGAGGAGAAUCAUUUGGACAUUCAACCACGUCCGCCUGUCAUCAUCAUAAUUAUUGAGCGUUGAAAUUCGAUAUGAAAAUGAUUUUUGCAGCACAUAAUUGAUAACUAAAUUUAAAAAAACAACACACACACUUCAUGCACACACAAAUACACAUACACACAUGUACUGUAGUUUUACAUUUAAUUUAAAAUCAAAAACACAAAACAUAGAUAGAGAGAAAAAACAACACAAGGCAGCAUAAUGGAAAUUCUAUUCAAUAAACGAACGAAAUAAUUAGAAA